AUGAGCGGCAACAAAUUCCCCGUCGAUCUCAAGCAGUUCAAGCAACUGAAACUUGACCCCAAGAGUAACACCCUCACUGCUGACCAGAAGAGCGAUCUCCAGCAUAACAUCAACAUCUUCCGUGAUGCCAUCAUUGCUUUCACCGCGACCGGUGCUGCUCGAGGCGUGUCGGGCCACACCGGUGGCCCCUUCGACACAGCCCCGGAAGUCUGCAUUCUACUUGCCAUGAUCAAUGCGAACCCCAAUGGCUUUGUCGACGCACUUUACGAUGAGGCCGGCCACCGUGUCGCCACACAGUAUCUUCUAGCUGCCAUGGACGGCAAGAUUGACCCUGAACACCUCCUCAACUACCGCGAUGCCAACUCGAAACUCCCCGGUCACCCCGAGCUGGGCCUCACGCCCGGCAUCAAGUUCAGCUCCGGUCGUCUGGGACACAUGUGGGGAAUGGUCAACGGUAUUGCGAUGGCCAACAACAAUAAGAAUGUCCUGAUGCUGGGCUCUGAUGGUUCGCAGCAGGAAGGAAAUGACGCUGAGGCUGCGCGUAUUGCGGUCGCCCGCAACCUCAACGUCAAGCUGUUCAUUGAUAACAACGAUGUCACAAUUGCUGGUCACCCUUCCCAGUAUCUGAAGGGUUAUGAUAUUGCUAAGACCCUUGAGGGUCACGGCUUGCACGUUGUUCGCGCAGAGGGCGAGAAUCUGGACUCUCUGUACCCGGCGGUCGCCGAAGUCAUCAACCACAAGGGCCCUGCUGCGGUUGUCAUCAACCGAAAAAUGGCAGCUGGUAUCGAGGGAAUUGAAGGUGAAACUCACGCACACGACGUUAUCACUGUCGAUAUCGCCCGCAAGUACCUCACAAAGCGGGGAUACAGCAAGGAGCAGCUUGCUUUCUACGAUGACAUUAAGGCCCGAUCCAAUCCCCACCAGUACGAAGGUUCCACCAAGGAUAAGGGUGCCAACCGUGUCAUCUUCGGCGAGGCUGUCAACUCAAUUCUUGAUGGCCUUAGCAAAGAAGAAGCGGCUCGCCGUGUCAUGGUGAUUGACUCGGAUCUCGCUGGUUCUACCGGCCUGAAAGCCAUUGGGGCUCAGCACCCGGAGGUCUUCAUCCCCUCUGGUGUCAUGGAGCGUGGCAACUUCUCAGCAGCUGCCGGUUUCGGCUUUGGCAGCAAUGGCGAGCGUCAAGGUGUUUUUUCCACUUUCUCUGCUUUCCUGGAGAUGUGUGUUUCCGAGAUUACCAUGGCCCGUCUGAACAACUGCACCGUUCUCUCCCACUUCUCGCACAGCGGUGUUGACGAGAUGGCGGACAACACCUGUCACUUUGGCCUGAACCACUUCUUUGCCGAUAAUGGCCUCAUGGAUGCCGAGACGACUUCGCUGUACUUCCCUGCUGACGGCGAGCAGAUGAAGGCCGUCGUGAGCAAGGUCUUCUGGGACCAGGGCAUGCGAUUCAUCUUCUCCACUCGCGCCAAGGUGCCUUAUAUCCUGAAGGAGGGCACUGACCAGAAGCUCUAUGGCGAGGGCUACAAGUUUGUGCCUGGUAAAGAAGAAGUCAUCCGCAAGGGUACCGCCGGCUAUAUCGUCACCUAUGGUGAUAUGGUCUACCGAUCGCUCGAUGCCGUUGAGCGUCUGCGCAGAGACGGUCUUGAUGUCGGUUUGAUCAACAAGCCGACCCUAAACGUCGUCGACGAGGAUGCUAUCCGUAUCUACGGCUCUACUCCAUUUGUCCUUGUCGUUGAAUCUAUCGCUCAGAAGACUGGUCUCGGCUCUCGCCUCGGCUCCCAGCUUCUGGAGCGCAAGCUCACGCCCAAGUACAAGACCAUGGGCGCUGUUAAGGAGGGCUGUGGCGGUCUUUACGAGCAGAUCAACGCCCAAGGUCUCGGCCCCGACGAUAUCGUCGCUGCUGUGAAGGAAGUUGCCGGAAAAUAG